UCACCUCCAGCCAUGGGGUCGGCGGCUCUGGAGAUCCUCGGCCUGGUGCUGUGCCUGGUGGGAUGGGUGGGCCUGAUCCUGGCAUGUGGGCUGCCUAUGUGGCAGGUGACCGCCUUCUUGGACCACAACAUCGUGACGGCGCAGACCACCUGGAAGGGGCUGUGGAUGUCGUGUGUGGUGCAGAGCACGGGGCACAUGCAAUGCAAGGUGUACGACUCAGUGCUGGCGCUGAGCACCGAGGUGCAGGCGGCGCGGGCGCUCACCGUGGGCGCCGUACUGCUGGCGCUGGUCGCCCUCUUCGUGACCCUGGCAGGCGCGCAGUGCACGACCUGCGUGGCCCCCGGUCCUGGCAAGGCGCGCGUGGCUCUCACGGGCGGCGCACUCUACUCGCUCUGCGGGUUACUGGCACUCGUGCCGCUCUGUUGGUUCGCCAACAUCGUGGUCCGCGAGUUUUACGACCCGACCGUACCCAUGUCGCAGAAAUACGAGCUGGGCGCGGCGCUGUACAUAGGCUGGGCGGCCUCGGCGCUGCUCAUGUGCGGCGGGGGCCUUGUGUGCUGCGGCGCCUGGGUCUGUGCUGGCCGCCCGGACCUCAGCUUCCCUGUCAAGUAUUCGGCGCCUCGGCGGCCCGGGGCCGGCGGCGACUAUGACAAGAAGAACUACGUCUGA